AUGUCGAGCAACCUUGUAGCGUUCAUUCUUGGAGCUGGUAACCACAUAGGCGCCGCUCUAGCUGCCCACCUUCACAAGAACGGGUAUCGUGUUGCGCUUGGUAGCCGCAACCCGAAGUCGGAUGCCUCUGAGGAUGAAGGCUACUUCCACGUCAAGGUCGACAUUGAGAGCCGAGAGAGUAUUGAAUCGGCCUUCGAGGCAGUUGUUAGCAAGCUGGGGCCUGUUAACGCUGUGAUUUACAAUGCUGCCUCAGUUGCUUUCCCAAAGGAUGAAGCCGAUUUUCUCUCCCUUUCAUCCGAGGAGGUCUACAAGGCUGCGUCACUCGGAGCUGGGACAUUCACUGCCGCCCAGAAAGCGUUGAAGAGCUUCCGUAACGAUGUCCAUCGUGGCCAUCCCAAGGCGUUCAUCGUUACCGGGAACCUUCUCCCUUUCGACCAGUUUAGUCCCUCCAAGUUCUUCACUCUCGGUGCACAGAAGGCCUUUCAAACUCGGUUCAUCGCAACGGCGUCUAGGUCUUAUGAAGCUGAGAAUAUCAAAUUCUAUUUUGCCACUCUAGUUGGCAAAGACGGAGGCCUUCCUGGACCCGACUUCGCCGCGAGCGCUGAAACACACGCCAAGGUGUACUUGGAGCUCAUCAACAACAAGCAGAGCAACUGGGAUCAUCGAUUCACCCUCGAUGGAAAGACCUUUUCGCAGUCUGGCUAA